AUGAUGUUUCCAUCAUCUCAUAAACAAUCCAAUGGGACAGCCUUGCUUGGUCGACAAAUUGCGGGUGCACAGAUUGAUCGGAUUGGUACGCUGCUGCUUGAGAAGAAAAGCCUGGAAAGAAAGCGGCCUGAUAGGGCGCCAGUAUAUGAUGACGAUGAUUCGAUGAUUUGCUCGAAACGCGCAAGAACGGUUAAAGAAACACUGCUUAAUUUGUUACCAGUUUUGUCUGCGCAGAAUAAUUGUAAAAGUGUGAGGAAUGAAAGCAAUCUUAUACUACUUGAUAAGACUACGAAUUUCAUUGUCCAGGGUAGCCCUGCAGCGCUGAGUUCAAAUGAAUCAACUGGUGAUGAAUGCGCUGAAGAUCUUGGUGAUCCUAGUUCGAUAUCUAGCUCACUAGUUUUACUAACGAAUGUUUCGCCUUCAACAUCAUCGCAAACAUUCUGCUCAGUACCUGGGAGGUUAUCACUACUAUGUGCGUCCAGCAAAUAUAAAGUUAGCGUUGCGGAGUUAGCCCGGAGGCUUUCACCGCCAGAAUCACUGAAUGCAUCAUUAUUAGGUGGAAUAUUGAGGAG